CGCCAGUUUCUGUAGUGGUUGGCGUGGAUAGGGAGCCGUGUCAUUUGGCAUAAAUGGGGAGCUGUGUCUUGGUUGUGUCAUAUAGAGAUGCUGUGAAACCGUUUAUAACAAUUGAUGGUCUCAUUUUGGGUGAUACUGAAUAUUCCAAGCUGCCGUUGACUUAGAUGAGCAUCCACAACUCUCAUAAAUCUGAAACCAGGCAAAGCAUUUGCAUUUCUUCAAGUAAAAGAUGAUCCACUUUAGUGCAACUUCAUUGAUUUGUCUGAAUAUAUUUUUAUUCAGUUGUGGAGGAAAGAUUGUGUUAGGUAACAUCAGACCCUGUUCUACUAAGGGUACACCCAAUGUCAAUGUUAUGGAAGAACCUCAUAAAGCAAGUGAGAAAAAUAAAUCGGCAGAUAUUUCAAAGCAAAAAGAACAAUGCCUUGUACCAUGUAGUGUUCAAGCAAAGAUGUUACGUGGAGAAAAACAGUACAUGUGCAGAAAUCUGCAGAGUUCUCUUGUUGAAUAUGCAAGAAGUACAAAACAAAUGAUAAGAAAUAUGAUGGAUGAUCAACAGUCGUCUUUGGAUUAUCUUUCUAAUCAGGUGAAUGAACUUAUGAACAGGGUCCUUCUUUUGAAUGCAGAAGUAUUGCGAAAACAUUUGGAUCUGCUUCCUUACAAAACAGUUCAGUCUCAUGGACUGGAUUGCACUGAUAUUAAAGAUACCGUAGGUUCUGUUUCAAAAACUCCAUCUGGCCUGUACAUUAUUCACCCAGAAGGAUCAAAUUUUGCGUAUGAGGUUUUGUGUGACAUGGAUUUUCAAGGAGGUGGGUGGACUGUGAUUCAGAAAAGAACUGAUGGGAUAAUUGAAUUCCAGAGGACAUGGUCUGAAUACCUGGAUGGAUUUGGUGAUCUAUCUGGAGAAUUUUGGCUUGGCCUGAGGAAAAUUUUUCAUAUAGUAAAUCAGAAAGCAGCCAGCUUCCAGCUUCAUGUGGUUUUGGAAUCUGAGGAUGACAGAUAUGCGUAUGCCUCUUAUGACAAUUUUUGGGUAGAGGAUGAAGUAUGUUCUUUUAAAAUCCAUUUAGGGCGCUAUUCAGGAAAUGCAGGUGAUGCAUUUCGGGGAUACAGACAGGAAGAUAACCAGAACGCAAUGCCCUUCAGCACCUUUGAUGUUGAUAAUGAUGGGUGCAGGCCAGUGUGCACGAUUAAGGAACAGCCUGUGAAGAGCUGCAGUAACUUCAGUGACAAGACAGGGUGGUGGUUCAACCAAUGUGGCCUUGCGAAUCUCAAUGGUGUUCAUCGUUUCACUGGAAGGUUUCUUGCAACAGGGAUUCAUUGGGAUACGUGGACACUGAAUGAAAAACCAGUCAAAAUUAGAUCAGUUUCAAUGAAAAUUAGAAGAACCUACAAUCCUUAUUUCAAAUAACCACUUACUACAAUCUAA